UGAUCACAGAGCCAGAUUGGAUUAGUGAAACCUAUUUACCAGAAGUUCAGAGCGGUUGCAUGAAGCUGAAAGGCAGUCAGUAGGGAGAGGUGGAAAAUGCACCAGAUUUACAGCUGCAGCGACGAAAAUUUAGAAGUUUUCACCACUGUGAUUUCAUCCAAAUCAUGUAGUCCUGCCCGAAGACGAGGCAAAGCUACGCAGCACAUCCUGACAAAGAGUGUGGUGGCCAUAUCGGAGCGCCAGCCCCAGCAGGGCGAGCUCCUGCAGGUGCUGUACGAGGCGAGGGGCGAGGAGGAGGCGCGGGGCGUGGGCUGCCUGCAGGGCGGGCAGCGGGGAGCCUGCCCCGCCAAGGGCGCUGCCCAGCACGUGGGAAUUACUGAACGAGAGUCAUCCAAGUCCUAUAAUCACCUGUUGGACGGAAAAUCCUUGAUUCCUCCAUCUCCAGUUGCCCAUAUCACAGUGAAAGCUGUGGCUGUCACAGGCUCGCCCACACGCAACCACGCUUCUGUGGAAGACCACAGGCAGCGCUGGAGGAAGACAACAGAGUAUGACCUGGCCCUGCCUCCAGGGGCAGAAGCUUCCCUACCGCUGACAGGAGGCAACCUGUGCGGGACACCCAGCCUCCUGAGGAAGAUGUGGAUGAAGCACAAGAAGAAGUCAGAGUACCUGGGGGCAACAAACAGUGCCUUUGAGGCGGACUGAUAAGGCUCAGCAUCACUUGGAAAGGCAGAAGGUCCUUCAGCAGGACAAGGUAUUUUUAGGAUCCAUGAGGGAACAGAUGCAGCACAGCUCAUCCAGGAAAAUUAUAUCCUCUUCUUACUUGAUGCCAUUGCCUCAGAACAGUGGGAGAAAGGCUAACUAAGGUAAAAAUGGUGAACAUGAUGCAGCUCAAUGGCCUUUCCUUGUUGCAUUACACUAAAAUCCCAACUAUCCCACUAGAUUUACAUCUUGACACAAUGAUGCUGAGACUACUGCUGACCCAUUCACCAUUUUCUAUGUCCUGUCUGAAUGAGCUCAGACUUGCACAAGAAAAGCCUGCCAAGAGGUUUGUGUAUUCCUGCAAGGCAACAGGUUGAUUACAGAGUGCCAUUAAAUCCCAGGGAUCUACCA